CGUUCUUGAAUGCGCUGCCGAGCGGCGCAAGCCCCCUUUGAUCUCGACUGGUGACAGCUCUUCCUGCUUCCAGCCUUCUGUUUUCCUCCUCCCUAGCAGCACAGUCAGGAGGAAUGGUAGCCGGUUAGCUCCUCAGGCGGCAGCUGUUGGAUUAACUUGUCACCGCUGUUUGGCAUUCGGUUGUUUCUGUCACAAUUAUGAAUUUACUACCAUCAAACCCGCACGGGAAUGGACUCCUUUAUGCUGGGUUUAACCAGGAUCAUGGAUGCUUUGCCUGUGGGAUGGAGAAUGGAUUUCGUGUAUACAACACAGAUCCUCUCAAAGAGAAGGAGAAGCAAGAGUUCCUAGAGGGCGGAGUUGGCCACGUGGAGAUGCUGUUUAGGUGUAACUACCUUGCACUAGUGGGAGGCGGGAAGAAACCCAAGUACCCAACUAACAAAGUGAUGAUCUGGGAUGACCUGAAGAAGAAGACUGUCAUUGAGAUUGAGUUCUCUACAGAAGUUAAAGCAGUGAAACUUCGACGUGACAGGAUUGUGGUGGUCCUGGACUCAAUGAUCAAAGUGUUCACCUUUACCCACAACCCCCAUCAGCUGCAUGUGUUUGAGACCUGCUACAACCCCAAAGGUCUGUGCGUGCUGUGUCCCAACAGCAACAACUCUCUGUUGGCCUUCCCUGGGACUCAUUCAGGCCACGUGCAGAUUGUGGACCUUGCCAACACAGAGAAGCCCCCAGUUGACAUUCCUGCCCAUGAGGGGGCACUGUGCUGCAUAGCGCUCAACCUGCAGGGCACAAGAAUAGCUACUGCAUCAGAGAAAGGGACACUCAUUAGAAUUUUUGACACAUCUGCAGGUCAGCUCAUACAGGAGCUAAGACGGGGCUCACAGGCAGCUAACAUUUACUGCAUUAAUUUUAACCAGGACGCGUCCCUCAUCUGUGUGUCCAGUGACCAUGGCACAGUGCACAUAUUUGCUGCAGAGGACCCAAAAAGGAACAAACAGUCAAGCUUGGCCUCAGCCAGCUUUCUUCCUAAAUAUUUCAGCUCUAAGUGGAGCUUCUCUAAGUUCCAGGUCCCCUCAGGCUCUCCCUGUGUGUGUGCCUUUGGAACAGAGCCCAACGCCGUCAUAGCCAUUUGUGCUGACGGCAGCUACUACAAGUUUCUGUUCAACCAAAAAGGGGAGUGUUCCAGAGACGUGUACGCCCAGUUUCUGGAGAUGACGGAUGAGAAAAUAUGACCUUUGACCUGUUUUCAGACUUCCUAUUAAACAGCCUGUUUUGUUUUUCUUUACUCUUUUUAUUUUAAAGGCAGUUAGAGAAGUCCAAUGUUUCACUUCUCUUUAUGUUGCCAGACUCUGCCACAAGAGCAUCAAAUGAAGGGAGAACAAAAAAAGGAAUUUCUGGGGGGGGGGGGGCCUCAACGCAAAGAUGGUGGAAGUAUGAACAGUGGUGCAGAUUUCAUCUCCCUGCACAGAUGAACAUGGAUGAUUUACUUCUAAACCAAACACAAGAAAAAAAAAGGAAGUUAUUUUUUGAAAGGACAACUUGCCUCUUUUUAAGACGUCUUCCGAGGAAUUUACAAAGGAUGGCUAUUUUUAAUCACACGGGAUUCUGAUCCAAUGGGAAUAUAGAGAAUUUUGUCAACUGACCACCACCACCUAACAAUAGGGAGUGCCUCUGAAACUGAAGAGAAUCUGUGUGCACAUGCUGUUGUUGUUGUCAUAUAUAUACAUAUAUAGAUAUAUAUACAUACAUACAAGUGUUUGUGUAUACCAGUGUACCAUACUAGGCAUUUGAAAAGCAGGAUCAGAAUGAUUACUAUUUUUUUUCUUCCCUUUGGUUUUACUUGUUUGCAGAAACAUCUAGAGGCCCCACAGCAGACUGAUCCUGUAUUGUGUAACGCCACCUUAGUAUUACUAGAUUUUCUUACAGUUCCUGUAUAUACACAAACUUGCCAGACUGAACUUCUAACCACAAACUGUACAGAAUUGUAGCAAAAAAAAAAAAAAAAUCACUUGUCUUUGACAUUGUGCAAUAUAUUAUUUCCUUAGUCUUUUUGUUUUAAAGGUUAUUUUUAUGUUUGCCUGACCAACACAGCUUAAAGAAUUUGACGUUUUUGUAAAUACAAUUAUUCACCUUUUUGAGUGUUAGUGAUACCAUCUUACAUGUCUGUAUGGUAAAUGUAAAGCUACAGAAUGUAGCUCGUUAGCUUAGCAUCAAGUCUGGCUAAAGGUGUCAAAUUCUGCCCAUCAGAACUUUUCAGUUUGUUCAUACAAAAAGGUAAAAGUAACGUUUUCUUAUUGCGACCACUUUAGUUGUCAGUGGUGGUUUUAUUGCCAUCUUGCGUUUUCCCAAGAAACAUAUGGAUAUGUCAGGCAUGACUGUUGCUUAGCAUUACUGGUGGGGUUAGCAAGCAAGCAGGCAACAGUUAUGUUUUAGUUGUGCAUUACAGAAUACAAUCAAACUAUACAAAAAUUAAAGUAAAAGGAUGGCAGAAGAUUAGUUGACUUUUAAUAUCUCUGGAUAGAAGUUAGGCUAGUUUUUCCCCACUUAAGCUACUUGUGCUAAUUUAAGCUAACUGGCUUUUAGUCAUUUACCCUGUAGACAAAGUCUGUGUCAAGUCUUGGCAUAAAAGUGACUCCACUUAUCCACUUAAGUUUUAUUUAUUUUACUUUUCAGUUUGUGAAAGCUGAGUCCCUUUUUUAAAAAAAGGAAAAACCAGGAGUUCAGUGAAAAGAUUGGUAAUACUUUGAUGCCUGUAUGGUGAAUAAAAAGCUGCGGCUAGCAGCAGUUUAGCUUUAGCCUAGCAUAAAAAGUGGAAAUAACCACUAAUGAACACCUCAGUUGAAAUCAUGCAAGCAACUGCAAGUGUUCAAGUGGAAAAAAGUGAUAUAUGCACACAAAGCUAAUUUGCUGUUUGCUGCUAGCCUUAAUUUUCUAUUUGCCCCACGUCUGCAGGGUAUUCAACUUAUCUCUGUGCAAAAAAUAAACAGAUUUAACAAAAUGCUGAAAUAUGUCUUUAAAAGUGAAUGUUGAGUGAAUGUUUCUGCCUCAACAGGGAGCUUAAUAGGCAAACAAAUGCACACUGAAUAACAAAAAAAAAAAGCCUA